AUGAGGAGUCUGCGUAUACAGCACGAAUGGUCUGUUGAGCUGCCGCAGCCCCGUUGCUGCUCUCUCUCUCCUUCGUCAGCAGCAGCAACAGCAGCAGCAGCAGCAGGAGAAAGUACAACAGAGACCCUAAGCUGUGACAGCAGCAGCAGUACAUGCAGCAGCAACAGCAUCGACUGCAGCAUCAACAUCAACAACAGCAGCAGCAGCAUCAUCAACAGCAACAGCAACAGCAGCAGCAACAGCAGCAGCAUACCUUGCCCGCUGCAGCAGCCGCAUGCAUUUGAUUGGGUCCCUGCUGUUGCUAUACUUAGUGACGCAGGACUAGAGGUAGCUGGUGAGCUUAUCUCCUUAUUAGAUAUUAUAUCUGUUUCUUUUGUUGCUGGACGAGCUACUGCUGCUAAUCCUGCAGCAGCAGCAGCAGCAGCUGCUGCUGCUGCUGCUGCUAAUAGUAGUAGUAGAGGAAAUCAAUAUAAAGAUUUCUCUCUUAGUGAUCCCCUUCAUGGAGACACAGGGGAGGAAGGAGAUGCAGCAGCAGCAGCAGCAGCAGCUGCUGCUGCUGCAUCUCCUGCAGCAGGGUCUCCUGCUGCAGCAGCAGCUGCUGCUGCUGCUAAAGGUGAACAGGCGGGGGUGACGCCAGCAGCAGAGAAGGAAAAUCUUGUAUGGGGAAGCCAGACGCAGCAGCAGCAGCAACAGCAGCAGCAACAGCAGCAGCAGCAGCAGCAGCAGCAGCAGCAUUGCGCGCUAGUUGUGCUGCUGCGCUCCCCUCUACCUACAGCAGCAGCAGAUCCUCCUAUUUAUCCUCCCCCUGCUGAUGCUAAGGGAGAGGCAGGCAGCUGCUUAAUUAUGCGUGUUCCUGCUGCUGCUGCUGCUGCAGUAGCAGCAGCAGCAGAGGAAGCAGUUGCUUAUGCCCCCCUUGGGGUGUACGUACACCUGGAGGAAGCAACAAAAUUGCUGCUGCAGUUACCUACAGAUCCAACACUUUAUCCUACAUGGAAAAAAGCUAUGCUGCAGCAUCGACAGUUGCUGCAGCAGCAGCAGCAGCAGCAGCAACAGCAGCAGCAGCAGCAACAGAAGCAGCAGCAGCAGCAGCAAGUUUCUUCUCGUUCUUUCUUAGCUCAUUCUCCCUUAAGACCAAUGAAUGGAGGAUUUACCUCUACAUACCGUGCAGCAACAGCAGCAACAGCAGCAGCAACAGCAGCAACAGCAGCAGCAGCAGCAACAGGAGGAGGAGGAAUGCACCGUAGAGGUGCAAAAACUCCGUCAUUAUCAACUCCUACAACAUCUGCAUCAUCAUCAUCAUCAACAACAGCAGCAGGAGCAGCAGGAGGAGCAGCAGCAGGAGCAGCAGGAGGAGCAGCAGCAGGAGGAGCAGCAAGAGGAGCAGCAAGAGCAACAGGAGCAGAAUAUCCAUUUAAAUUAGAUAUAGGUGGUUGUCGCCUAUCCAAGAGCAGCAACAGCAGCAACAGCAACAGCAGCAGCAACAGCAGCAGCAGCAACAGCAGCAGCAGCAGCAGCAGCAGCAGCAGCAAUUGCUGCUGCGAGGAUGCAUAUUUUUAUUUAGAGGAAGAAGGAUGUUUUGGUAUAUUUGAUGGGGUAGGGAGUUGGGCAAUAGAGGGAAUAGAUGCAUCAAGAUUCUCUGAGGGUCUAGCAGCAGCAGCAGCAGCAGCAGCAGCAGCAAAUCUAAAUCCUAGUCAUAUAACCCCUUUAUAUAAAUGUCUUGAUGUAAAUAAUAGGGCUAUGCUGCUGCUGCAGCAAAGUUAUAAUAUUGUAUGCAGCAGCAACGAGAAUAGAUGGGGAAGCAGCACAGCAGCAAUUGGAUAUAUAGAUAGAUAUACAGGUAAAUUAGGUGUAUUAUCUCUUGGUGAUUCUGUUCUUAUGGUACUAAGAAGACAAUUAUUACCAUCAAGUAUGUCUUUCUUUGCUUAUUCUCCUCCUCCAGUUACACCAGAAGCAUUAUUACUAUCUACUAGCAGCAGCAGCAGCAGCAGCAGCAGCAGCAGCAGCAGCAACAGCAGCAGCAAUAAUAAUAAUAAUAAUAAUAAUAUAGGGUAUAAUGAUAUAGGUACUCAAAAUGAUGGUAAUAAAGAGAAGAGUAUGAAUAUGAGUAAUAUAAUAAACAGCAACAGCAACAGCAACAGCAGCAGGAGCAGCAGGAGCAGCAGCAACAGCAACAGGAACAUAAGAUAUCCAUCAUUAUUACGUCGUAUAUGUUGGCGUACAAUUGAACAAAGAUGGGAGAAUGGUGCACCAUAUCAAUUAUGUAAUUUACCAUCAAAGAAUAGAUGGGAAGAAAUAAAGAAAAAAGGAUUAAAUAGAUUUAUAAAUAUAUUGAAUAAAAUAGAUUUAGCUGGAGAUACACCCCAAAUGGGUUAUAGACCACAACAAUCAUUAAUUAUACAACCUGGUGAUUUAAUUCUUUUAUUUACUGAUGGUGUUACUGAUAAUCUAUUUGAUACAGAGAUUGAAUUCUUUGCUUCUCUUGCUAUUUCUCCUGAUGAGGCAUAUAUGCUGCAGCAAAUACAGCAGCAGCAACAGCAACAGCAACAGCAGCAGCAACAGCAACAGCAGCAAGGAGGGCAACAGCAACAAGGGCAACAAGGGCAACAGAAAGAUGCCCAACAAGAAUGGCAGUCCUUAUAUAAACAGGAAGGGAAUCAGGAGGAAGGACAAGGAUUGCAACAACAGCAGCAGCAGCAACAGCAACAGCAGCAACAGCAGCAGCAGCAGCAGCAGGAGAUACGAUUUACACCUGCACAAGAUAUUGCUGAAUUAAUUGUUAAAGUCGCAAAAAAAAGAUCAAAAGAUGGGCUAUUUGAGCGACCAUUUGUUGCUGCUGCUGAGGGGACGAAGCUUCCUGCUGGUGCAGCAGCAGCAGCAGCAGCAGCAGAUAUCCGCAAAGGUCUAUUGGCAUCUCCUUCUGCUUCUCCCCGUCUAUCACCACCAACAGCAGCAGCAGCAGGAUCUGCAGCAGCAUCAGCAGCAGCAGCUGCUGCAGCAGCUGCUGCAGCAACACCCACAAGUUCUACUAAUUUGUCUAGGAAGACUGGUACAGCCUUGCGCUCCCCCUCUCGUCUUACACCCACCCACAGCAGCAGCAGCAGCAGCAGCAGCAGCAGCAGCAGCACACCUACCCGCAGCAGCAGCAGCAGCACACCCACCCGCAGCAGCAGCAGCAGCAGCAGCAGCAACUGGAGGAGUGCGUUGGACUGCCGGCGUUCGCGUAUAAGCAGAAUAACAAGCGAACCUCGGAGUCCUGCUUCCCCUACCAGUACACCACGCAAGCCUCUUGCUGCUGCUGCUGCUGCUGCUGCAGCAACAGCAGCAGCAGCAGGGGAUCGGUCUACUCCUCCUGGUUCUCCUGGCAGCAGCAGACUGCCACGACCAGACUUUGCUGCAUUUGCUGUUUUACGUGCAGCAGCAGCAGCAGUAAAACAGCGAGCAGCAGCAGGAGCAUCAACAGGAGUAGCAGCAGCAGCGGCAGCAGCAACUGUACCCAAAUCACCAACAGCAGCAGCAGCAGCAGCAGCAGCAGCAGCAGCAGCAGCACACUCCCCUGCAAGAGUACUAGGGAGAAGAAUUGGAUCUCCGCAGGUUUGCUGCAGCAAAGAAAAAGUCUUUAUAUCCAAUACACCUAAAAAACUAAAUAAAAAUAUUGUUGCUGCUGCUGCUGUUGCUGCUGCAGACACAGACAGCAGCACACCUCCUGCUGGUGCUGCUGCUGCUCGUGCAGCAGCAGCAGUAGCAGCAGCAGGUGCUUCUGCUCCUCCUCCUGGUUCAAGAAGGCUGCUGGGGGGCACCAGACUCGCUGCAGCAGCAGCAGCAGCAGCAAAUGCAGCGCAGCAGCAGCAGCAGCAGCAGCAGCCUGCUGGAGCCUUUGCAGCGAAGACACCCGAGAAGAGGAAUGCAGCAGAGACUCCUACAUUAGCAGCAGCCACCAAUGGCAGCAGCAGCAGCAACAGCAGCGCUGCUGCUGCUGCGGGCGAUUUGCAAGAGCAGGCAGACAAAGCUGCUGCUUCUGAAGUGCAGCAGCAGCAGCAGCAACAGCAGCAGCAGCAGCAACAGCAGCAGCAGCAGGAUUUGUCAUUGACCUCCCCCGUUGGUGAUCUUUUUAUUCAUCUGCCCUUGUCUUCCUCCUUUUCUUAA